AUGGAAUAUAAAUAUGACAAAUCAAAAAUACAAAUUUCUCCAAAAGGUUUAAAACUACUUGUAAGUGAUGGUCCACCAAAUCACAGUAUAAGUACCACUCCAAUCACAGAUGAAAAUGGAACCAUAGCUUAUUAUAGACCUAUAUUACCUAAUGAAGGCAAGGAAAAAUUGUGGCUUGAAAAAAUUGCAAAAUUAAUAGAAUUUCCAGCAGGUUAUUUAUUAUUUGAACAUAUAAAAAUAUAUAAAGAAAGGGAUGACAGGAGUGAUAAUUAUCUUUUUGGUGGGAAAUAUCGAUUUAGAUCACCAAAUGAAUUUAUACCACAUGCUAUAUAUCUAGCAUCUGAUGGAAGUGUUCCUUGUGCCUGUAUAUAUUGUUUUAAAAGCCAACAGGAGCCUACCAAUAAAAGCUUGACAACUACCAAAACUACUAAAACAAACUUAUCUUCAGAAAAUUCUAUUAAUGAUAUUAUUGAUAGAAAUGGAUGUGAAAAAGAUAAUCAUGCUAAUCUCACACCACAUCAACAACUAGAACAACAAAUACUAUAUCAAAAAAAAUGUAUAUUAAAACAAAAAGUGCAAAAUUAUCUGAUAGAUUUUAAAGGCCAACCAGUCAAAAGAAAAAUUGAUGAUCCUUCUACAUCUAAUUUUUCAUCUGUUCCAGAAACAUUUUCAGAAUUAAUAUUUACUACUUAUAUUAAUAAUUUUGAUAAUUGGGUACAAAUAUCUAAUGAGGAAUUGUUAGAAAAUCGAAGAUUAUUAAUUUAUAGACCCAAGGAAAUAGUUUGGGUGAAAAAAUCAAGUGUAUUAAGUGAAAAUCAAAUAGAAGCUCUUAGAAAAUAUAAUAAUCUGAUUGAUGGGUGGCCUGCAAUUGUUGAAUAUGGAGCUAAUAACAAUAUUAUUGAAUUAAAACCUUUGGAAAUUGAUAUUAAAACAAUAAAACUUGGAAAAGAAAAUAUUAGACCAUGGUUAUCUGAAGACAUUAAAAAAAUCAAAAGCCUUUGUUUACAUAAUAAAGAUUUUUAUUAUCAAAAAUCAGAAGGAAAAAUUCUUUUUGGUAAAUUCAUGAAGGCUUUGAGGCAUGGAUAUGAAAUGUCUAACAGCUAUUCAUUAUCUUCAAAAAUAAAAAAAAACAAUAACAAUAAUACAGUAAAUGAUCAUUAUAAACAAAUAUAUUGGGGUAAUGAAUGUAUAAAAAUCAAUGAUUUGGUUAGAAUAGGCAAUGACAAAAGAGGUAGUGAUUUAUGCAUAAAAAUUACUGAAAUAUAUAAAGACAACAAAGAUUUAAUAAAAUUUAAGGGAGAUUUAUUAAUGUCAAUAAAAGAUAAAGACAAACAUAAACAUUGGAUUAAAUUUAAUUUUCACAAAAAAAAAUAUAUUUUUGAUUUGGAUAAAAUUGCUGGAAGUGAUAGUGAUGAUAAUGAUGAAAUUUCACUAACUAAAAAAAAACUUGAUAAAAGAAAAAAUUGUGAUAAUGACAAAGAUUUACCAAUCAAGACCAAAAUUAACAAAGGGAAAAAACCAUCUUCUUUUAAGACAACUGAUAGACCAGCUGCAAAAAAAGCAAAGCUUGAAGAAAAUUUAAACAAUAAUGAUAAUACAGCAGACUUCAAUCCUUUUUCAAUUCUGAGCACAAAAAAUUCUUCACCAUAUUACAAUAUUUCUUCUUCAUCUAAUACAUCAUCAUCUACAUCUACUUUUUACAAAAUUUCUUCUUCAACUUCAUCCGAAUUUACACCCUCAACAAAAUUCACAAGUCAAUCCACAAUUUCAACUUCAACUGCUAUGCCAUCUACAUCUGGACCUCCAACUAAAACUACAAAUCAAUACACUACAACUUCAUCUUCUAAACCAUCAGUUACAUCAUCAUCAAUCAUAUUUAAGAACAAAAUAAUAAUUACACCCAAGGUUACAACUACACCUACAAAUAAAAUCACAACUACAGCUCCAGUUGCUAAAUCUACAUCUACACACUAG